AUGAUCAUGGAGCUGUUUCUUAGCUACUACAAAGCUCCCGAGGUGACGUCGUCUUCCCACCUAUGCCUUCAAGUUCCGCUCGACAGCUACGUUGUCCUAGCGCUGUACCGCUAUCUAGAAAUCGACCCUACCAAAGUCGCCGUACAUUUUGUGCAAUGCAAAACCCCGACGACCUUGCUGAAUGUCGUGUUACCCUCGCACCACUUCGGAAGCCCGUUGGUCAACGAUAGUGGUAUCCUAGCAACACCCGAAAAGACGGCUCUCCAUUGCCAGCUACCGUCCAUUGCUGUACAGCAAAAUGACAUCAUCAUUUCCGGACUGUGCGGCGUGUGCCGUCGACUAACGAAGGAACAUAUUCCGAGCACCGUUCCGAGCGUACCGUCCGCGCGGCUGCUCGGUUUCAAGGGUAACACCCUGGUCGCACCAGCGGAUGCUUCGCUAUGGACGAAAUUCUGCGAACUCGAUGUGAUCCGCUGCGUGGAGGACGUUUUACAACUUACGAGCACCAGCGAGAAGCUUCCGGAUGAAAUAGGUCAGCUGGAGCGGCAUCUUCUACAGCCACUUAAAUCGCAUAACAUCUACAAACUGAUCAAUCUGGUGAACAAUGUCCGCAUUUCAUCGGCCGAAGAACACUGUCAGCUGCCGGGGGAACGGUUCGACUUUCAUGCGAAUCAUAAAUUCGCAGAAGGAUACGAGAAAACUCUCGCUGAUAUCAUUCUGUUCGUGUGCUUCGAGCUGAUUGUGCGCCGAUUGGGGUGCCUGUUGCUGUCUGAAAAAGUCCCACAGGUCGCGGGCUGGUAUGCGCGAGUUGCAUCCGACGACGCAGGGAAACUAGAGCGCGUGUGUAACGAAAUCGCCCCUCUGCAGGGGAACGAUGUACUGCGGAAGGUAGAACUGGCUGGGGUACAAAUUAGCAUUCCUACCGAGUUUAGUCUCUACAAAUCGGACACAAAAAAGCUGAACCUCAAAGGGGAUCAAAUACUGACGACGAACCAGGCGGAGGUAGUGGAUAUUUUACAAAGAGUCGACACCAUACCUACCGACAUCGGAAGCGUAGAGAAUGCCCGUGGCGACCGCAAUCUAUUCGACUGGGCCACCGUUCCGCUGGACGCUCGACCCGAGGGAGGAAAACUACCGGUCGCUCGAGUACUCCGCAAACAGUAUCAGCUCGAAGCGCUUGCCAACGAAGUUAUCGCGCUGGCCAUCGACGGUAACAUUAUUGUGGACUUCUGCUCGGGAACGGGUCAUUUGGGCAUCUUGUUGGCAUGUUUGUUGCCUCGUUGCCAGAUCUAUCUGCUUGAAAAUAAGGAAGAGUCCCAGCAGCGAGCAAUGGUCCGUGUGGAACGGCUCGGACUGACCAAUGUAACGUUCUUCCAGUGUAAUCUUGCCUAUUUUACCGCCCACUUCGAUAUUGGCGUUUCUUUGCACGCUUGUGGCGUAGCGACCGACAUCGUGCUGGAGAAAUGCUUCGCCCAGCGGGCUCACUUCGUUAGCUGUCCGUGCUGUUACGGAAAGUUGUAUAACAUCGAGCACAUAACCUACCCAAGAAGCCGGUUGUUCCAAGGUUCUGGCCUUCUGUUAAAGGAGUACUUUUGCAUUGCCCACUGCGCCGACCAAACACACGAUCUGGCUAGCGAGCGGACGAAUGUGGCAAAGGCGCACCAGGGUUUCCAUUGUAUGGACAUUAUCGACCGCGAUCGAGCACUGCGGGCCGAAGAGCUUGGCUAUCGGGUGCUGAGGACCCGUUUGGGCCAGGAAAGCUGCACACCUAAAAAUCGACUUCUCGUUGGAACAUUCUUGGGUGUGGAACAAGAUUGAAAUACCGAACGUUGAAAUAAACAGUUUGAACAGUUGAAAUAAACAUCAAAAGGAAUCAUA